CUCGAGGUUUAUAAAUUGUAUUCGGCAGUUUAUGGCAGGGUGUUCCACAGCAGCAAGCAUCACAUAAUACAUCACACCAGCUAUCAGCGGAGGACUGGGAUCACCUGUCAGCAUUUUGACAACAUGGAGAAGAGGCGUUAGAAAAAGGGACUCUGAUUGCUGCAGAUCUGUUUGUUCUAAUGCUUCCUGUAACAAAAGAGAAGAGCCUAAGCUAAUUAUUGGAAGCUUCGUGUUGAUAAAGAACAGCUCAUCCUACUCUUCACAUCAUGUCCCCUCCUCGCUGGCCACUCUCGCUGCAUGUUUUUUAAAUUCACAUCACCAACCACCAGACGUCGUUUCCUUUUGCCUGGGAGAUGAUGGACAGCAGGAUACUGGAUCCACCUCAUGCCCAGUUCGGAGGCUCGCUCGGUGGGAUGGUGAGCUUUCCGUACCAUCUAAGCCACCAUCAUGUGUACGAAUUAGCCGGUCAUCAACUUCAAUCUACGGCCGCGGUUCCUUUCUCAAUAGAAGGAUUACUUAACGGCUCCUGCACGGCGUCCGUGGUGAAUUCUAACCCUCUCUUGUCUGGCUGCGGUAUGAAUGGAGAUAACCAGCAGUACAAACUGACAGAUUCGGGUGAUCCAGACAAGGAUAGCCCGGGUUGUAAAAGAAGACGAACUCGUACCAAUUUCACUGGCUGGCAGCUGGAAGAAUUAGAGAAGGCUUUUAAUGAAAGUCACUAUCCAGAUGUGUUCAUGAGGGAAGCGCUUGCUCUGAGAUUGGAUUUGAUAGAAUCGAGAGUGCAGGUAUGGUUUCAAAACCGAAGAGCGAAAUGGAGAAAAAAGGAAAACACGAAAAAGGGGCCGGGGCGACCUGCACACAACUCCCAUCCGACGUCCUGCAGUGGCGAGCCAAUGGACCCAGAGGAAAUUGCGCGCAGAGAACUAGAGAGGAUGGAGAAAAAGAAAAGGAAACACGAAAGAAGGCUUUUAAAGUCGCAGAACAAACUCAUUUCCGGGGACUUAUUUCACACCCCAGGAUCUGACAGUGACAGUGGCUUGUCACAAGUAACGGACAAUGAACAAAGCAUCCAUUACGACAUGGGCCGAAACCAAACGCAACCAAGCUGUGACCAAACACCACAGAAACUCCAGAACCAAAGAACCGCAGACCAAGACGCGAGUGGAUCCGAGCUGGACUCGUCCGACAGCGGUCAGCAGUCAAACCUGUGCUCCAAUAGUCGGUCUUCCACUCUUCAAAAACUCAAUCCCUUCAGUGUGGAAAGCCUUCUAUCGGACUCCAGGCCGAGGCGCAAGCCGCCUAUGGACUUCCCAGUACCGGCUCCACGGCCUUUGAUAGGGAAAGGACAUUUUUUACUGUACCCUAUUACACAACCUCUCGGUUUCAUUGUUCCACAGACUGCUUUGAAGAGCACAGCACCAGGCCCUGAUGCUGAAAAUGGCCAGAAAGGGCCAGCUGCUGACAGUACCUUUGCUGGAAACCUAGGAGACAGGAACGCCAAGGAGACCAACAGUGUAAACAACAGCGGCGCGCGAGCAAUCAAAGGCCAGGUCAGUCAGUCGGGCAACAUAACGUGUUCACCACAGAGCAGUUCACCACAGACUACCAUUAAUGGUCACUCGGCGGGCAGCUGUAACGAAAGAUGCCCACAAGAUAUAGAGUUAGACCCCGUCGAUCCAAAGUCUCCACAGUCGGAGAAAAAGGAGCAGUCGUUACCUGACUAUCCACCACAAAAUUCAGAAUCAGCGACAAGCAACAAGGACACCGACAAAGACUCAGUUGACGUCGAUAUGGAAUAAAUGAAAUCGUAGUAGAAACGGAGGAGCGUGUCGAUAUUGCACGACCGCAGAUUAAGCGAAGAGGAAAAAAAGUCGACAUAUCGAAACGUAUCGUUUUCAUUGACAUAUUUAUAUUCUGAUUAGGGGAAAUAUUUGUGUGAAACAUUUGUGUAUGUGUGUGGUGGGCUAUCAGAUGUUUAUUGAACAGCAGCUCCCUGCA